AUGGCGCUGGCAAUCGAGCACUUAGAUAAACCUAUCAUUCUAGGCAGAUUCUACUUCAGCCUUGGCCAUGUACUUGAGGGAGACUCACACUCUAGAUCGGCCUAUGGACAUUUAUCUGCUGAGAUUAAAGUUGUAAUGGUUUGCUUAUUAAUAAAUGCUAUCAGCAGCUCUCAGCAGCAACAGCAGCAACAGCAACCUGAACCAAAUUUCCAGAACAUAUCUACGCAAUCUUGGUACCCUCCCUCAGUAGGUGGUUCAUCUUCACAUCCAUCCACACCCAGCUCUUCCGGUGCUAGUCCACACCAAAGAGCUUCAGAUCAUCCUCAGCCUUCAUCACGUGGCCAACCGUCUCCAGCUGAAGCUGCAGGGAUAAUUGCUCGUUUGAGGGAUAAGAGUGUUGAUGAGCUGCAGAGGCUGUUAAAGGACAAGGAGUCAUAUAAUGCUUUUUUCAAUUCAUUUGACCAAGUUAAAACACAGAACAAUUUACGUGAUGAGCUUAGAAAGGAGACCCUGCAGCUUGCGAGAGAAAAUUUAGAAAAGGAGCAGCGGAUUUCAGAGCUCAGGAAUCAGUGUACUAUAAUCAGAACCACAGAACUAGCAGCCGCUGAGGACAGGUUGGCCGAGUUGGAAAGGCAAAAGGACGAGAUUAUGAAGUCCUAUUCUCCUGCUGCUCUGCUCGACAAGCUGCAAAGUACAAUGGCGAAGCUGGACGAGGAGUCGGAGGAGCUGCACCAAAAGUUCCUGGAGAAGGACAUUGACCUGCCGACCUUUGUGCAGAAGUACAAGAAGCUCCGUGCUGCACACCACAAGUGUGCGCUUCUCCACCUCUCCGGCAAGGCCUCGCUUCGCUGA